CAUUUUGUUGCUGACAGAGAUAUAUAGAUCAGAGACAAGCGAUCGUCUGUGUGUGAGAGAGAGUGUGUAUCAGACGUCAAAGAGAUGGAAGACAAAAGGGUUGCGGGGGUCAUGUCUUGCCGAUUAGCACUAAGAAAGGCGAAACCUUACUUGGCCAUGGUCUCCUUGCAGUUUGGAUAUGCAGGAAUGUACAUCGUCUCCAUGGUCUCUUUGAAGCGAGGCAUGAGUCACUACGUCCUUGCAACUUACCGUCACGUAGUUGCCACGAUAUUGAUUGCUCCCUUUGCAAUUGUUUUUGAAAGGAAAAUACGACCAAAAAUGACUCUGCCGAUCUUCCUAAGAAUUGUGGCGCUCGGUUUCUUGGAGCCGGUGCUUGAUCAGAACUUCUAUUAUCUGGGAAUGAAGACCACCUCAGCAACAUUUGCAUCUGCCGCUGUCAAUAUGCUCCCCGCCAUAACCUUCAUAAUGGCGAUCAUGUUCCGGUUAGAGACAGUGAAUUUCAAGAAGUUACAUAGUGUAGCCAAGGUGGUGGGCACAGUAAUCACGGUCAUGGGAGCCAUGGUCAUGACUUUGUACAAAGGCCCCAUCAUCGAUUUCAUGAAGGGGAGAGGGCAUGAAAGCCACCACAAAACCAGCACCCAGUCCUCCGGGGAUGAUCAGCAUUUGGUCACCGGCACCUUAAUGCUCCUAGCCAGUUGCAGUAGCUGGGCCGGUUUCUUCAUAUUGCAAUCAUUUACGUUGAAGAAGUACCCGGCUGAGCUAUCUCUCACAGCAUGGAUAUGCUUAAUGGGCAUGGUGGAAGGUGCAAUCGUGACGCUUGUGAUGGAACGUGACCUCACUGUCUGGGCUAUUGGCUGGGAUUCAAGGCUCAUUGCCGCUGUUUACUCUGGGGUAGUUUGCUCUGGAAUCGCAUUUUAUGUGCAAGGAAUUGUAAUCAGGGAACGAGGCCCUGUGUUCGUCACGGCUUUCAGUCCACUGCUCAUGAUCAUCACUGCCGUUCUAGGCCUCAUCGUUUUAGCCGAGCAAAUCCACCUUGGAAGUGUAAUUGGAGCCAUUGUCAUAGUACUGGGGCUUUACACAGUGGUGUGGGGUAAAAGCAAAGAUCUUCCAAACUCAGAAGGUAUCGUAGCCGAUGAGAAAGGAACCUCCCAGGAGUUGCCAAUCACAGUCGACACCAGUGCUAAUAUAUCAUCAUCAAUCGCCAGUAUUGAUCACAACAACAAAGAUGUAGUUGCUGCCGGGGUGUCAAAUAUUCCAGUAGCAUUAACAGUCCCACAUCACUAGGGUUCUUUAAUUUGAGAGACUGAUCAUUGAUUAUCAUUGAUUAUGUACAAAUCAUGGUGAAUCUUUCUGAUCUUCGUCUCCAAGUAAGACUCAUGCAUGCAUAUAUAUAUAUAUAUAUAUAUAUAUAUUAAUGCAUGCGUGGGGGCUUUAAAUAUAUAUAUGUAUGUUUUGAAUUUUGAAGUUCGUCGAGAUCGAUUACUAUAGAAUCGAUUACGACGAAUGUGAGACACGAAAAUAAGCGAUUAUAACUAUUAUAUAUGAUAUUAUGUACCCUAAGGUUUGGAAUAUUUGGAUCCUCCAUUUUCUUUUUAUCCUAUUUUUGUUUCUUUGGCCAAGUUCUAAUAUUCUUAAAAAUUGUGCCUUACACACGCACGAAAGAUGAUGAAUCUAGAAUAUAUGUAUGGAGAUCAAGAAUAUUGGAUAUUUUGCCUGUGUUA